AGCGGUAAAAAGAAACGCGCUGCAACCAGGGCUGGAUUCUGAGAGCGUGGUAUCGAAUCCAGCCUUGCUUUACCGGUUCGAAGCUGAGUGGCUAUAUGAGCAACGAUUGGCCGGUUGCUCAUGUGGGGGGGCGGGACAAAGAACCGGAUGUGGGUCUCUCUCUGUCAGAAUGCGAUCGCGUUCUCUGCCGGCUGAUUUGAGGCGCUUACACAGAGAUGGGAGAGGGUGCCCUUAGGGUGUGUCUCUCCGCAUGCAAUGCUAGGUGGCGCCAAACUCGUCAAUGUGUGGGUGGCAAAGAUGCAUCUGGCUGCUGCUCGUGUUUCGGAGGGGAUACGGGUUAGCUUCAAUCACCUCCGUCAGGGCAGGGUUCGGCAUAGACAGAGAGGAAGCACGAUGCUAAUUGAACAAUUGGAUGCGCUAAAAAAGAGGAGAAAAAGGGGUAAAAAUUAAAAAAAAUAAAAAAAUGUAAUCUUGAGUUAUAUUUUCAUUUUAUAUUUUGCUUUGCGCUCCAGUAAUAAUAUCCAGACUCAUUCUGCUCAAAUCCAUCAUUUCAGAAAUGGCAGAAAUGGAUUCAGUAACCAGUUUAGUCACGUUACUGGUCCUGAUUCGUCCUGACUAUUGAUUUUAGGGUUUGGGUUAACUUUAAAAUACAAAUCUGGCAACCCCGAACGUUUCCACUUUACAGUGACAGUGGACAGUAGAAAACUUUAUAAAUAGUUCAUUUAUUAUUAACUGUGUAGUUGUCAGCAGAGUUUCAGAGUUCAGAUCUCAGUGUGCAGUGUUACAGAGCGGAUCUUUAGUUCUGGGUUUAAAUAUUAUCAUUAAUAAUGAGUGUUAAUUUCAGUCAGUGUAAUUCAGUGUUAAUCACUGGAGGGAACAGAGGACUGGGACUCCAAAUCAUCAAACAUCUAGUGAGCAUCACUGACAGACCCAAAAAAAUCAUCUCAACCGCCCGAAACCCUGCAGCAGCUCAGGAGCUGCAGAAACUCGCUCAGUCUCAUUCUGAGGUUUAUAUUUUACCUUUAGACGUCGUUAACGAGGCGGGCAUCAAAGCUGCUGUAAAGGAAGUGGCGUCCAUCGUGGGUCCGGCGGGGCUGACCUGUCUCAUUAACAACGCAGGAAUGGCCAUUCAUGAUGAUGUACACACUGUGACGCGUGACAACAUGCUAACCACGUUCCAGUGUAACGCGGUCGCUCCGCUCUUCAUCACUAAGGCGUUCUUGCCGCUGUUGCAAGCGGCUGCAGCAUCAGUCGGUGGUGGCAGUGUGAUGGGGGUGCACCGAUCCGCCGUCAUCAACAUGUCCUCCACCCUCGGCUCCAUCCAGCAGAGCCGGGGAGAGACAUUCUGCUCUUACCGAGUGUCCAAGACGGCUCUGAAUAUGGCGACGAGGUGUUUAGCGAUCGAGCUGCAGUCGGACGGGAUCCUGUGUGUGGCCGUUCAUCCCGGCUGGGUGAGCACCGAUAUGGGAGGAGAGCAGGCACCCUUGAGUCCGGAGGAGAGCAUCUCGUCCCUGCUGGCUGUCAUCUCCAAAAUAAGUGAGAAGAACCAGGGGGAAUUUUUGGAUUAUAAAGGGGAUCGGGUCGCCUGGUGAAUUUUAAGGUCGGCGGGCUGAUGAAGGAAUCGAUUAUUCAUUUAUCCUGGAAAUUUGAGGAUAUUUAUGUGGUGGGUUUAAUAGCUUAGAUAUUGAAUUAUAUAACAGACACAGAAAAGCCUGAUUGUGUCUGAUUGGCUGGCAGGUUUGACGGGUGCAAUCGUUUUCUUUUUUAUAAGAGGGCAGCUGUAACAUAGAUCCAGUCACAAGUCUAAUCAUGGCUUUAAAUUAGAUUCUGAAUAAUUUUGCUUUUUUAACAUCUGGAGAAGCCUAAAGGCUGAUAUGCUGGUCGACUGGACUCCUUGUUGCUGCUGCAGAUGCGACCGCUGCUGGCAGACCGGUGUAACUGCACUAGUGGUGUAGAAUUGUAUAACUGUCCAAUAAACAGUUGUGAAACCUGA